CAGUUUCGUUUCGGUUUUUAUAAAAAGUCAACUUUGAUUCCGGUUAACGCCCUUGUUACGUUGACACAUGUCGSGGACAUAAAUAGAAGGGAGUCGGUCUCUAACCUGCGAUUGUGAAACUUAGACUGGUUAGAAUAAGAUCCAAGCAAGAUGUCUAAAGGUAUUUUCUUGGUAAUUGUUGUUUCCCUUGCUGUAGUGACGUCUGCAAUGAUUGACGUCCCGGAUGAUGUCUCUGCUAUCGACAAGCGAGGAUGCGAAGACAAGUUUGGGACACGAACAUGCAAGAAAUUUCAACGUCUUUGCAGCUCCAACAGAAGGAUGUCCGAGAACUGUCGCUUGACCUGCAAAGUUUGCAAACCGGAAGUAAAAUGUUUCGACAUAUUUCCAUCUUCCUGUAGCCGAUUCUCGUACCACUGUAAAAGUUCACGAUGGAUGAAAUUUGUAUGUAACAAAACAUGCCGCAGGGGUCCAUGCAGCGGCCUGUAGACCAAUAUAGACGAGACAACAGUAGCUUAAAAUU